ACUUUCCAGAUAGUCCUCAUCACUGAUGGCCUGCUUUCCUUCACUAUCUUCAACUAUGAGUCAAUAACCUGGACCACUGGCAUGCAUGCCAGCAGUGGAGGAAAUUUAGCAGGCCUGGGAGGGAUAGCAGCCCAGGCAGGUUUCAAUGCCGGUGAUGGAAAACGGUAUUUUAACAUCCCCGGAUCCCGCACUGAUGACAUUGUCGACGUGGAGAUGACAACAAAUGUGGGUAUCCCCGGGCGCUGGGUAUUCAGAAUCGAUGAUGCCCAGGUGCAAGUGGGGGGCUGCAACAACACAACUUCAGUAUGUUUGACACUUCGUCCUUGCUUGAAUGGAGGAAAAUGUAUUGAGGACUGCAUCACGGGGAACCCUUCAUAUACUUGUUCUUGUCUCGCUGGUUUCACUGGAAAACAAUGCCAAAUUGAUGUGGAUGAGUGUGCUUCCAAUCCAUGUCAUAAUAAAGCAUCUUGUAUCAGUGGCAUCAACAGCUUCAGCUGUUGGUGUCCACCAGGAUUUAAAGGAGCUACAUGUGAAAUUGAGGAGUCUCCAUGUAAAACCAAAGAAUGCCAGAAUGGUGGGGAGUGCCAAAUAACAAACACAACAGCUGUCUGCCUUUGUCAGCCAGGUUAUACUGGAGAAGACUGUGAAAUAGAAAUAAAUGAAUGUGAGUCCAGCCCGUGUCUGAAUGGUGGGCAAUGUAUGGAUCUUGUCAACAACUUUACUUGUUCCUGCGCAACACCUUUUACUGGACAGCAUUGUGAAAUAGAUCCUUCAACCUGUGAGGGCAGAAACUGCAGGAAUCGGCAGAUGUGCAACUAUAUUCGCCCAGGGCGCUAUGUCUGUACAUGCUCACCAGGCUACUAUGGGAACAAUUGCCAAUAUGGUGGCCCUAGAAUGUCUAAUGCCUGUAGCUCCAAUCCAUGCCAGAAUGAGGGCACAUGUCUUGAAAGCAGUCAAGGUUAUGUUUGUGAAUGUGCAGAAGGAUAUGCAGGCACUGACUGCAGAGAUAAAGUCUCAGAUGACUGCGAGUGUCGAAAUGGAGGGAAGUGCCUGGAUGGAAAUAUCACUGUGUGCCAUUGCCCACCUGGAUAUUUUGGGCUUCUCUGCGAAUUUGAAGUGACUACUACACCUUGCAAUAUGAACACCCAGUGUCCUGAUGGGGGUUAUUGUAUGGAGUAUGGUGGCAGUUACCUCUGCGUGUGCCAUACAGAUUACGGCACUAAUCACACUGAGCCACCCUCUCCAUGUGACUCAGAGCCCUGCCUGAACGGUGGAUCUUGUGAUGCUCAUGAAGACUCCUACACCUGUGACUGUCCCCGAGGCUUCACUGGAAAAUAUUGUGAGAAAGAAAGACCCAAAUUAUGCAGCUCUGGACCCUGCCGCAAUGGAGGGACCUGUAAGGAAUCAGAUGGGGAAUACCACUGCACCUGUCCCUACCGCUUUACAGGGAAACACUGCGAGAUAGGUAAACCUGAUCCUUGUACCUCAGGGCCUUGUCAUAAUGGGGGCACCUGUUUCCAUUACAUUGGCAAGUACAAAUGUGACUGCCUGCCUGGAUACACUGGACGGCACUGUGAAACAGCUCCUUCUCCUUGUUUCCGGCAUCCAUGCAAAAAUGGGGCCACUUGUGAGGAUUUUGGCAACAGCUAUGUCUGCAUAUGCUCUGCAGGUUACACAGGAAGACACUGCCAAUCAGAGAUUGACUGUGGAAUCCCCACUGAAGUGAAACAUGCUCAGUUAGCAUUUAACUCCACUAAGAUGGGCUCCUUGGCAAUAUAUCACUGUGCUUUUGGUUAUAUUCUGAAUUCCCAAAAUAACGUUCGCCUAUGUUUGGCAAAAGGCAUCUGGAGUGACCCACCAGAAUGCAAUGAAAUCGAUGAGUGCACAUCUCAACCCUGUCUGAAUGGGGGAUUGUGCAAAGAUCAAAUUGCCCAUUACCUUUGCUUGUGUAAAGCUGGCUAUACAGGAAACAACUGUGAGUCAGGUAAGAGAACAUGGAAACAUCUUUGCUAGGAAAUUUAAUAUCAUUAUUUAUUAUUGCUAGGAAAUUGUUUAAUAUCAUUAUUUAUUAGUGAAUUACAUUUCUCAUUGGUUCACAAUUCUAUUAAUACUUUGGAGCCUUUGAUCUCAAAAGCAGGACUACUACAUAUGGGGUGCCAAAGUCAAAAUGACCACUAGGACAUGACAAAGAGAUUCAUAAAAUCCCAACACUUUCCUACCAUCUAGUGCACGUCCAAUUUUUGCAGCCCA